AUGGCAGGUUCUCAUCGUGCAUGGAGCCUUUUGGGCGCCGUGCUGACGAUAGGGUUCUGCACAAGAACUGCACAUGCUGAUCUAUGCGCUCCCCUUACUUCCGAUGGCCCUGUACUAGUUACUCCUAACUGUACCGAUGCCAAUUUCACCCCCAUCAUCGACGGUGAAAUGGACCAGCCACUACCGAUUGCACACCGGAGAGUUUCUGGUUACAUCAAUGAAACCGGAAUCCGUUUUACCAUCAGCCUCCCGAAGAAAGACCUCUGGGAAGGCCGGUUUUUCCAACUCGUCUACCCAACUCAAACCGAGAACGCAACUGAUGAGACUAUUGCAUUUGGGGCUGACAGCGGCGGAUACACCGUGCAGCUCGGUGGCGGCACUGGUUAUCAAGCCAAUGCUGCCGUUGCAAAACUUUCACGACAAGUUGCUUCCACGUACUAUCAGCAUAAUGGCUCCAUUUAUGGUUACAUCUACGGCGGGAGUGGCGGUUCACUGCAAACUGCUGGGGCUAUGGAAAACACUCAGGAUGUUUGGAAUGGUGCAGUGCCAAUUAUCCAGGCUAUACCCAUUUCCUUCAUGAACAAUCCUACGCCUCGUGGCUUGGCGGGUAUUGUCCUAAGGAACAAGUCCGCCGAGAUCGAGGAUGCUUUGAAGCCCGGAGGCAGCAUGGAUCCUUACGCGAACCUGAACCCCGUGCAGCAUCAGAUCCUCGAGGAGGUUACGAAACUGGGGAACCCCUUAGAAAGCUGGCAAGACUUUGACGCCAUUGCCGACAUGACUGAUCUAUCGAAGCUGAACUACGACGUCCGAGGCAUAGAUACGACCUAUGCAGACGACUUCUGGAACACGGAAGGAUACCUCGGCACGGAGAAAUCUCCUCUUGGUGACCUCCUCCGCUCCAGGCUGGUUAAUCAGUCUGCCACUAUCACCUCCAUUACCUACGUAGAUGGAAAACCAACCAAUGUUACCAUCGACAACGUCCCUCCCCAGGAUUUACACCUUGGUCUUGACUUUGCGCUCUACUCGAAAAACGGCACUGAAAUCGGACUUAUCAGAGGGGCCCUCAAUGGAAGCACAAUUGCUGUAGAAGCCGUCACAAGCUCUGAAGUUCUUCAUAGCCUGAAAGAAGGGCUUCAAGUACGUGUAGACAACCGGUGGUUCAUCGCUAUGCACGCCUACUACAGACAUCAAGUGCCAUCUCGCGAUGGCUACUACGCCUGGGAUUAUCUUCGCAACUCGUCUGGCGCCCCAGUCUACGUUCAACGCCCCAUUGAGACUAGUGUUUUAAUUGCCAAAGCCGCGGCUGGAGGUGGCACACACACCGGCAAGAUUAGAUGCAAGAUUAUCGUCAUCGAUAACCUUCUUGAUGAGCAAGCCUAUCCGUGGCACGCCGACUGGUACCGAGGACAGGUAGUCAAAUCACUUGGAGAUACCCUGGAUCAGAACUACCGACUUUGGUACAACGAGCAUGCUGACCAUGAUUUUGGCGCUGUUACGGGUGCCAGAGCGUCACGAGUUAUCGAGUUCACUGGGUUGUAUCAGCAGGCACUACGUGAUUUGGCUAUGUGGGUGGAAAAAGGCCAGGAGCCACCUCGUUCUACCAACUACACCAUUUCUCCUGACGCCCAAGUCAAAGUUCCAGCGAAUGUGUCGGAACGAUAUGGGAUACAGCCAUCAGUCACACUAAGUCUCAACGGAACCAACCGCUUCGAGGCCGCGUCGCAAGCACCCGUUUCAAUGACUGUCCAUGCUGAGGUGCCUCCCAAUACCGGUAGCAUCGUAGCUGUGGAAUGGGAUUACCUGGGCAUCGGAGAGUUUGUGAGCUCCCCACUUGGUGCCGCAGUCACACCUCUGUCUAUGACAAGUAACUAUACCUACAGUCAGCCAGGUACUUACUUCCCGGCUGUACGAAUCACGUCUCAAAGAGAGGGAAACAUGACUAGUCCUUUUGGACGUGUGUCUAACCUCGGCCGGGGACAAGUUAUUGUAUCCUAA